UAUGUGAAGAGCCCUAAUUUGAUGGAUCGGAUCUAAGCGGAGGUGUGUCGCUUCUUCUAGCUCUGGAUCGACCGCGAUGAAUCUGCGAAUCUAUGAUCACGCGCAGAUUGCGCAGCGGAGGCUCCUGGAGCGAGAACAGGCGUAUGCGGAAUCCGUGGCGGAUGAUCUUGGCGAGGAGCUGAGCUUGCCUGGAGAGAAUGCGGCCGGCAGGGGCGGGGAGAGCGAGGAAAUCGAGCAAGCGUCGGUGAACACGCAGAUCUCCGAUUCGAAUGUCGGGUUUCGGCUCUUGCAAAAAAUGGGAUGGAAGGGAAAGGGGCUUGGGAAAGACGAACAAGGGAUAGUGGAGCCAAUCCGAGCUGACAGCCGAGAUCCAAAGCUUGGAGUUGGGAAGCAAGAGGAGGAUGAUUUCUACACGGCCGAGGCGAGCAUCCAUCGGAAGAAGAUGGAGUCGGAAACAUCGGAAAACGAUGAAGAGACUGCGAAGAAACGCGAGGUGGAGGCAGAGCGCGAGCUCAAGAUCCAGAGCGAAGUCAAGGAGAUCCGCAAGGUGUUUUUCUGCGAGCUUUGCAACAAGCAGUACAAGUUCGCAGUGGAGUUUGAGACGCAUCUCAGCUCCUACGAUCACAAUCAUCGAAAGCGAUUUAAAGAGAUGAGGGACCUACACUCUAGCCGGGACCGCGACGAUCGCCAGAAGCGUGAACAGCUCAGGCUUGACAAGGAGAUGGCGAAGCGACAAGCCGAGGCUCAACGCCAGCAGCAAGAGCAACAAUCCGACGCUGCGAAAGUCAUCGACGCUCCCCCUCCAGACUCUACAGCAGUCUCUACAGCAAUCUCUACAGCAGCGGCAGCACCAGUGCCUGGAACAGUGAAGUUUGGAUUCUCAUCCAGAGCAAUCUCGACAAAGGUUCUACCGGAUGGCGCUGCAGCGAAAAAGCUCAAAGUCUUCGCCAAAGUUCCAUCCGUCUUUGGUGAAGAUAGCGACUGAGAAGAAGCGUUUUUCUUUUCUCCCCGUGUAUAUUGUCAAAAGUUGUACGUAAUGGGACGUGUGACUAUACCGUGCGAUUUCGUGUGGA